CGACCUCACCUUAUCGGCCUUGUACACAUACAUCCAUACAUCCGUAGAUAACAUUGUCAGCCAUUAAGUUGCAUAGCUUCGAUUGGUUCUGCAUCCCGACCUUGGAAAACUCAAUUAUCUCUACUCCAACAUCUGUCCGCCCCAAGCUCAAGAAGCCCGGUCGAAAUCGGCCUUCAACCCAUUCCAUACCCAAAGACGUCGUCCUACAAGUUUACACGGCCAGACCUCUCCCCGUUAUCCAACAUAUUAGAAAAGAAACGGAAAGGGGGGCAACAAAACCCCAUCGGACCGCAACCAUGGCACCGACAAAACAAGCAUCCCACCUCCCGACGCUCCUCCGCUCGCCGACCCACCCGAUUCUCCUCCGCACGAUGGAGCCCCGUGACGCCGCCGCCCUCUCGGCCGUGCUCUCGGACCCGGAAAACACAAAGUACGACCCGCACGCCUCGGCCAUCUCGCCCGAGGUCGCCCGGGUCGUCAUCGACCGCAUGCGCGAGAGCGCCGCGGUGCCGACCGUGCUGGACGACGCUACGGGGCGGGUCGCGAGCGGGCCGGGAAGAGUGAACCUUGUCAUCGUGUACGUCGACGGCGUGGAGAACACGGUCGGGGUCGAGAGGGACGAGGGCGUUGUCGUCGGGCUCGGCGGGUUCGGCGGGAUUGACGAGCACGAAGAGGAGGAGGAGGAGAAAGACGGAGAGGGGAAGGGGAAGAGGGUGAAGGUGAGGGUCGGCGACGUGGGCGCGAUGGUGAACCCCGGGUUCCGGGGCCGGGGCUUCGCGACGGAGGCGAUCCGGCUGGCGGUCGAGUGGGCCUUCACCCGCGUCGAGGACGGCGGGCCGCAGUUCGACCGGGUGACGGCGACGAUGGGCGAGGCGAACACGGCGAUGGUCGGGCUUGUGGAGAGGAAGUUUGGGUGGAAGGGGGUCGCGAGGCCCGGCCAGGAUGAGGGCGGCGGAGAGAUCUUCUUCGAAGUCGGGCCGAGGGACUGGAAGAAGUGAUGCGAGUGGUUUU